UGUGCUGAAACAGACACUCUAGAAGGGUGCUAGAGAUACAAGUUUUUCUGCAGUGACUCAGGCUUGUACCAGCACAGCACCUCCAGAGGGACUCCAGCCCCCGUAUGGUUUGGGUAAAUCAAUCCAGUUAUAGAUGAGGAAAAUUCUCUCUCAAAGGGAGCCACCAAGGGUCUUUGCUACUGCUGAUAGUGCUGUUUCAGGAGGAUAGGAAGGGAAGUCAAGCAGCUUAGUAAAACAAGGAAGUUGGGUUAUAUUGGCUAACACAUUCUCAGUUCUGGAACUGUGCGCUUCUGGAGUUUAGCUGGUCCCUAAAUGGUGAAAAUUCUGAUCCUGUCCUUCCCUCUUCAUCUUCAGUGCGGGAAAAAGAGGGUGGGACAGGUUGCCUGAUUUUCAGGAUAACCAAGACUUAAAGCCUCUUGAUAGUUUCCACUGAGGCCUCCUAGAUGAACCAGAGCAUUGGUUCCACCUCUACAGAAAAAGCAGACACUGCACACGACUGUCAUGGCUAAGAGCUGCUCCAGAGACUGGAAGAACAAGAUGUACAGAACUGGAUAUACACAGAAGGGGGUAUGUAUCUGUAGCAUUGAUGUAUUCCAACAAACCCCAGAACUGUGUUAGGCAAAAAUCCCAACUAGAAACACUUAAAGGUAGGGGAGCUUCCCCUAACCUGAAGGCAAGGCGUGUUUAGGGUUGUGUGCAGGCUCCAUGAAGAGCAGGUUUGAUUAGACUUGGCAAACCAGUUCACUUUGUGUCCUCCUUUAGUAAAUCUACAGCCUUUGGUUCUUACUGUGAAUAAAUCUGCUGAUUUUUUAGCUGCAUGUCCAAAAAAAAAAAAAAGAGAUGAACCACGGAAAUUAAGACUAUUUGCACUUGACAGCCAUUAAUGUUUAAUGUUUGCUUCUUCAAAUGAAGAAAUGCUGCUGCUUUUUCCAUGCUGUGCUGUUUUCCUAGCAUUGUUUUUAAACAUUUUUAGCACCUGAAGUUCAAGAGCCAGAAUUGCCCAGUGUUAGUUACAGAAUACAACUUUUUUCAAACUUUCCUUCUGUGGCAAAGAUUGAUGUCUACCACAAAAAUCUUCCAUAUCCUGAAACUCCAAAGUAAAUGCACAUUACAGAAUUUAUUGAAGUGUUCAGAUUACUGUUAUUAAAUCCAGAUGUUAAUGUAACAGUUUUGCACUUGGGCAAUAAACUGGAUCUCUCUGAUUGUUGACUCAGUAGAGAGUAUUUUAAGAUUUCAUAUUUGGUACUUGGCUUAAGCAUUAAUUAAAUGUUUGAAAAGGGGCUUUUACCUGGGCAUGGUGCCAAAAGCAACAAAGGGAGAGAGAAGUCCUAGUUACACUCCAUUUUGAUCUUUACACCAACUAGUGAAACAGAAAUUAACAAAACAAAAAAUAAAGACAAAAAGGAGACCCACUGGUUUUCCAUCCUUCUAAGUGAAUUUAUGACAUAGGUAGUCCUAGUUACCUACCUGAGAAGGACAUGAAGUUGUGUUCAUGUUUCCACAUUUUGUGUCUAAUACUAGAAGCCUGCUGGAAGGCUAGGGAACAGUUGCUGAAAACUUGUUUACAAAUUCUAGAGACAUUAAAAUUAGUUUCUUAGUCAUUCUUUAAAUGUAAAGCAGGUAGCUCAUAAAAAUUCAGCAGAGAAACUCAUUAAAAUGAGUUCAAAUUGUUAAAGUCAAGUUAAUGGUUAAUGUAAGAACCAAAAAUGGUUCUUACACCUCAUGUAGAGGGCAAUUUCUCAAUAUUUCCUACACAAAAAAGGUAGAAGAGACACAGAAUUCCUGCUUCUGAAAUUCUGUGUAAUUACAUUGCUGCAAUGCCUGAUUUUGUUCCCCAUAUUUUUAAAAUUGAAAAUGUAUACCUUGUUAAAGUUGCAAUCCAGCAAAGCUUUAGGCAUGUGUUUCUGGCACUAAAUAGGUUGCACGAAUGAACACACGCGUAAGGCUUUUCAUGAUCUAGAGCCACAUGUUAGUAAAGCUUUGGGAGAGUGAAGUUGAGACACAGGCAGAGCAGUGUGUGAGAGUGUGCCUGUGGUGGCUGUCUCCUUACUGUUCUUGCUGCUGCCCCUCGCUGCACCUGCACACAGAGCUGCACUGCUGCAGGCGCGCUUCUGCGUGCAGGUGCUGUCCUGCAUUGGCAGGGCUUCAGUGUAAAUUGGGAAUUAGGGGUUUGUACUUGGCUGUUGUCUAAGGGAACGCCUGAUGUCACCGUUAAUCUCACGCUGUGUUUUUAAAAUGCCGCUCAGCGUGUUACCAGUCUUUUUUUAUCAGUGCAUUGUGCAUUGGCUAUCUCGGCACGUUCCCGUGUACGUGAGUGGCUGGAAGUGUGAAAGCAAACGAGUGUUUAUACUUUUAUAAUCUUCCCUUGGUGCUCAGGCAGGUGAGGGUCUCAGGAUUGGUGUAUUCUGAGAAUGGAGCUUGCUGAAUAUACUGAGAUGGCUAUACAGAAACUAAUGGGGAUCUCCCUGUUCAUUAAAGUUGUCCUGAAUUCUACCAUUUGUGUGUUAUUUUAGGAGUUUUUGAAUGGACUAAUUAAUCUCUCUGAACUAUUCUGAGUGUGUUUUUUUGUUAUAUAUCACUUGGUACACAAUAUUUUUUUAGGAUUUCAUCUUUAAAAAUAAAAUUUAAACAUACUUUUCCAUGGAAAGUACAACUAAGACAGGUACCAAAAAAGAAAAGCCUUAAUGUUUUGCUAAUGUUUUUCAGUAUGCAAUUUCUACUCUUUGUACAGCUAUGCUCUUUAUAAAUAUACUUUGUAUAAGGUUUUAUACUUAGUAUAUUUAUAAAGUUUUUGUGAAAGACUUGUAACCUGUAUGAGUUAGAAGUUUAUAGAAACAACUGGAAACCUCACCAUUUUCUACUUACUGUUUUCAACACUAAUUUCAUUUGCAGUGUCUGGACUGCAGAAGGUUUUUAAUACCCAGUUUAUGAGGGUAGAGCUCACUUAGGAUCUUUCUAGUAAAUAGUUAAUUAAAGAGAAGUUACUGCUUUAUUUUGCAGUCUUUAUUAUUUCUGAAUUUGUAUGGGUUAAUUACAGUAAUGCUUCUUUAUAUUAAUGUUGAAUAAUACAGCAGCACUCAAAUACAAAGUACUGAGCAAAUACUGUCAGUUUUUGCAAAAUAUAAACUGUCUCUAUGGUUAUGGGAAAUAUAAGUCUUCCAAUGUGAACCAAGCCCUAAAUAAUUCUCUCCAUAUCUUCAGACAUUUUUAACCAACUUUCUUUGCUUCUAUGAAUAACAGAGUGUAAUUUGUGAUUUCUUCUGGAAUCAGAUCCUCCCUUCUCUGCCAGAUGUUCCACCCUUCCUCUGUUCUGCCAGUUAAACCAUUAGAUGACUCUUUUACCAGGUCCUGCAUCAGAAGCCUAAUUUUAAAACCUUGUCGUGCAAAAUUGGUAAAAGAGAAAAGUGGAAUCUCUCGGAAAGGGUGAAAUGCAGGUGGUGAGAGCCUGCUCUGGUCCCUGGUUCAUCUUUGCUGUCCUUGGAGCGCUGUGGGCAGGAGCACAGGUGGCAAUGUGGAGCCAGCCCAGCUGUGUGACAUGGGGCGUGGGUAAAACACUGGCACUGCUUCCCUUUGCUGCAGAGUAAACCGCACUCACAGGAGACCCUUGGACACAGUUCUACACCAGCUGUUCCUCAAAUACCUGGGGCAGCUGAAGGUGGUGCAGAAGAGAAUUCCACAGUGCCUCCCAUCUGCCUGUGGGUUCUUGGCAUCGGUAGUAGACUUUGGAAAGCCUAAGCCAAGCCUUGUGCUGGCUGGCUGAGGAACAUGGUCAAGAAAAGGUUAUCAAGGAAGGAUGGUAUACAGAGCAUUUUUGAUGGGUAAAGCUGAGUUGAGGUGAUUUAGUGAUAGAUGGAGGAUAGAAAAAAAUAGAGAAUACAGGAAAAGAAAUCAGGAAAGUGGGUAUUGAAGUGUUCUGGGGAAAAAUAACUAUUGUCUGACUCCAGAAAAAGAACAAUGACAAUAAACCAAGAGAAAAAACUCCUUGGCUACAGUAUUUAUAUCUGAUACCAGAUUAUAUUGAAUUAAUAUCUUGUUUUCAUCAUUUUAUCAGUAUUUUCCAACAGUUUAUAAUAAAGCUUUGCAGUAUCUUUUUAAAAUAUUUUGAGUGCUGCUCAAACUACAAGAACUACAGAAAGUAAAUGUGUGACAGCUGCUAAGUGCAGAAAUUUGUAAUUUACUGUAAACAAUUUUAUGUUACUAUCUAUUUCUUACUGAUUUUUAAACAAGCAGCUUUGUAUGGAAUGAAAUAUUGGAACACAAUAGUUUAACAGAUAAGACUUCUUUGAAACUGGCCUUAGGCAACAUAAACUCUCCUGACCCAGAGUUUCUGCCCUAUUAGUCUUUAGCUAAUUUCAGUAGGGAAAAUGGAAUUCAAGUUCAUUUUAGCUUUGGAGAUCGUGAGAAAUUGGUUCUUAAAGUACUGAGGGCAUGGACUGUGGAUUAUAGCAUUAAACUGUUUGGAACAUCAGAGUUUUCAGGCACCAUACUAAUAACAUAAUUUUUCUGAUUAUUUUAGAAUAUGGGUGUUGGUCUGGAGAUUAGGCUUCAUCAGUUAUGGUCUUGGAUCUGUAUUUAUAAAGAAGCAAUAAGUUAUAUUCCUUCCUGUGGUCUUACCCUGUUCCUUGUUAGAAGGAAUGUGUUUGAUUUGAAAAGUAAAAAUUUGACUUCUCUUAGGUGAAGAGUGUAAUUUUGUCUUUAUCAAAUUAUUUAUUAUGCUGUUAGUCAUAAUACUAUGUGUGUGGUAUAUCUUCGUGCUUAAUUUCCAGUGUUCAGGAGUCUCAGGGCUGGGAUUUUGUGGUUUGUUGUGGGAUUUUUCUUCCUGGAAGUCUGCUUAACUGUAUGGAAUUCAGCAUUCUUUCAGUCUGCAUCCUUGUUGUUUCUGUUAAAAAAAUCCCUGGCUUAAUUCUUAGGAAGAUGCUGUAAGGUGUAAAUCUAGUAGAAGUGAUAUAAUUGCAUUCAGAUUGUGACCUUUUGUCAGUGCUGUAUAAAAAUGAGGCCAUGUAACACAAUGUGGGAUUAGACAUAAGAAACAGGAAAGAAUAUUGUAGGUGAACUCUAAGCACUUGGUGUUAAUCAGGUAAAGAAUGCUCAGUAAAUAGCUGCUGCUUGAGAUGUGCCUCAAGUUGAUUUAUAUAUUUUUAAAUUAAACAUUAAUGUGUCACCUUCUAAGUUUUCCUUUUGUGCAUUAGCAGAUUAAAUAUUAAAAGUUUCAUUUUCAGAAGUUGGGAGCAACAAGUUGACUGGUUUCCAUGGGAGCUAAUUCAAGUUACUGUUUGCAUUGUUAAUAUCUCAAAGUGGCUGUGUUGGUCCAAGUCAAUGUGCAGCAAAAGGUUUGUGAGAGAGAGAUUUUCUUGGCUCUCCUAAGGCUGUGUGUAGGGACUGCGUAAUUGAGGACCUUCUGCACAUGUCACUGAAUUUCAGCUUAGACACAAUCAUUCUGAUUUUUGCAAGAUGCCCUAAAUUGAAGUUGCUCGUAAUCUCUAUGCUUACAUUAUUUUGAAUUAAUGUCUAAUUAGCCCUUAGUUUCUUGCUGAAUGUAAAUAGUGUUUUAAAUUCUGUCCAAUAGAAGUUAAUUGUAUUUUGUAAGACAAAUUCAACACCAAAUAUUACAAUAAUAAAAUAAUUACAAUAAUUAAUAACCAAAUUAUAAUAAUAAAACUUUGCUAAACUUUGUAAAGUGUAUAGAUAUAAAAAGAAGCAAAGUAUAGAUUUUUCAAGAAAUCUCAUCUACUAGAAAUGAUUGUGCAUUGUUAAGUCCUGCUUCUGAUAGGAGGUAGAAAGCAGCACGUUCAACGGGAGGCAGUCCUGCAGUUCCUUCCUCUUUGAUUUGAAUCCUUGUGCUUUCCUUGCUUUGUUCAAUUCAAGGGCUUGGUUUGCAGCAGUAAAAUAAACAGAAUAGCACCUGCAGCUUAGUCAUCGAUGGGAACAUCUUGCAGUAUCCAAGCAAACAAAUGAAAUCAUGGAGUCAUCUAACCUUUCCUGAAAUGCCUUAAGAGCUUUACCAACAUUCCUUUUAGAGAUGGACCUCUAUUUUGGCUAUCAAAGGUCUCUGAACACGUAGAGGAAUUGGGAAAGAUUAUGAUCCAAUUCAUUGAUAAAAGUUACUAAUUAUUGUCUGAGCUAUCAAAUGCAUUUAUUAUACAAAAACAAACACUUGGGUUUUGAUUUUUCCUAUGUGGAAAACUUCAAUUACAUAAAUAGAUUCUUCUGGCUGCAAUUUAUGUUUGCUGGCCACAGAAAAUCAUGGAGCACAUGGGACCUUACUAAUUCCUUUCACAAAGUUCUGUCAUAGACUAGAAGAACUGAGCUUGCUUUUGAGUAGGUUAAUCUGAGUUGAUGUCGCAAUUACUCAAACACUCCUGCAAAGCACUUCAUAUUAAAACUGAAAUUAGUAACUUUGGGAUUUUUGCUAAUUAAAAUUCGAAUAAGUUGCUUUGGAAGUCAUAUGUCACUGUGUUUCAUCGGAAAAAAUAUUAUUUAAAUAUGUAGAUAUUUAUGAGAAACUAGAAGCAUCAUUUGUUUGCACACCACACUAAUGCAGAUAGCUGUUGUUUGGUUGGUUUCUUUGUUUCUUUGCCUUGCUAUAUUUAGAUGUAAAACUGACCUUGUGUUGCUUUGUAAACUCAGCCUAAAUAUAUUUGUUGCCAAUGUUAUUUUCAGCUUUUAAAAUUAGAGUAUUAAAGCAAAUUUAGAAUAUUGACAAUCAACAAAAUCUUCACAGAGUGAAAAAUAGGAAUGUCAUGCUUUAAUUUUUCUGACCAUUUGCACACAACAUAUUUCCAUAUACAGUAACAUGUAAACAAGAUACUACUUCAUGUUUUGCCUAUCUAGUUUUAAGUAUUUUUAUGAAGUUCUUUAUUUUAAUAGAACUAGUGAGGAUAUGUGCUAUGACAGCUUUGUAUUUAUUUAAUCAAGUGGAACCAGCUGAUCCACUUAACGUUGCCUUAAGAGGAGCAUUGUUUAUCAAGAAUAUCCACAGAAAAGAUGAGAUUAAAUCAAAUUAUAUCUGCUCAUAUGGUGAUUAAAAGUAAAAAGUUGUUGAGGACUGUGUCUGAAGUCCUUCACUUAGAACAGGUUAUGGGUCAAUGUUUUCUACACUUCAGGUAUUGUAGCCAGAAUUCUGGUUGCUGCUGAGUGCUCAGGCAGCAGCUCUUAGGGAAGAUGGACUUAGUUGUAGAUAAAAUAAAUCACUGUCCUCUCAUGAUUCAGAGUUUUCAGCACAAAUCUUUAUGAACUCUGCUGCAAACACUGCAGUUAACACAGCAUAGCUUCUGUUUAUGAAGCAUGGUGUCAGUAGAAGGUAAGUUGAAGGCUGGGUUAUCAGGGUGGGUUAAUGGAUGUUUGCUUCCAUGCCAGGUCUUAAACAGCUCUCUAGAGAUGAGUAUCUCUUGUGCAGGGUGGAAUAGCAGAGCAGUUCAGACUUCUCCUUAAAAAUGGAAGUUGUUGACUCUGUGUUACCCAUAAGAGGCAGCUAAUUUUAGGCUUUAGUUUUUGCUUAGUCCCUCAGACCAAUUUAUCGAUUUUGAUGCACGCUGUGGAGUUUCUCAGCUGUUUCUCAAAGGAAGAUGAUAUAGGUGAACAGUUCUAUAUAAUCAGUAAACAAUUGAAACAUCACCUUUGUCUGAAGGUAUGGGAUCUGUUUUGGUGAUGACUAUUGUGCAUAUUGAACUUUUGGUUCCUCUAUUUAAAAUAUUUGUAAAAAGUUUAGCAUUUUGAGUAAGUUCUAUUAUAAUUUUAAAGCCCUUGAAAUGUGAAUACUGAAGAUAGUUGUAAUAUUUACAACUACUUAGAACAUUUGUUUGAAACCUUAAGGUAUUUAAACACUAAGCUUCACAAUAUUGCUAUAAGGUAGAUUCUUCCCAGUGAAGGUUUAUGUGUAGCCCAGAUUUCACGGUCUUGUUUGAACAGGUUAGUUUGAGAAGGCAGUAAUGUGAGAACAGAUAAAUCAUCUCUAUGGCCCUGCUCAGCGACAGGGUAGGCUUUAGUUUCCCCACACUUUAAUGGAGCUGUGGGAGGCUGCCUUUAUUCCUCACAGCCCCACACUGCAGGGUAAUUCAUUUGCACUUAGCAGGGCUCAGCUCCCAUUACCAAUUACUGUGAUUUUUUUUUCAUGCCUGGAGGUAGCAGUGGAGGGAAUGUAUCAUCAAGGAUUCUCCUGACUCAUCCCCAGCCUCUGUCCAGGUACACGUAAUUCUCUAUACAUUACCUUGUGGACGAUGUGCAUUUGCCACUGUAGCUUACUCAUUUUUCAUUUUUGGAUCAGUCCAAAAACUUAAAAUUUAAAGAUUUUCUCUGAAGAAUUAGUAAAGAGAAUUUCAUUGUAGCAUUGUGAUCAGAAUAUGCAGAAGUGUUAAAUGAGUUUCUGGAGGUCUUUUGGUGUCUGUUCAGUGGUAUUAAUUUAGCUAGAGCAGACAGUUACAAAAAUUUAAUCUCAGUUAUUUAAUAAAAGUGGACAGUUUUCUGCAGUAUCGACCAGCCCAGUCCAGGAGGACUCUGUGCUCAUGAAAGAAACACAUUAUUCCAGGUACUGAAACAGUGAGAAGUGUGACAGGACCUCAAUUUUGUCAGAUACUUCUGCACACUGUUUUUUAAAGAAAUGAAUAGUAAUAGUGAGUUUUUCAUAAUGCAUAAUCCAAGGUGAUUACUCAUGGUUAGUCAGCUGCUGAUAUUUCUCAUCUUUUUCUGCUUUUGUAUAAUUACCUUAAUAAAAAUAGCUGUAUGAUUUAAAUCCUUAUUGCCCUGUGUUUGACCACAAAACUUAAUUAAUUUUAUUGACGCUGUUUUAACUCUGAGAUUGCAGUUUCUCUUUCAAUAUGGUAAUUAAAUGUCAGUUUUCAUGUCAAAGUUCCCGUGCUGCAGUAGGGUGCUGUCUGUGUGAAGGGUGUCACCCCAGCAGAGGUGAGGCUGGGCCUGUCCCAUCGGGGCUCGUGUCCCCGCAGCCCCUGCUGUGUUUCUGAGCUCCAGCAGCCGCUGUGGCUGGCUGAGGAGCGUCACCCUCUUUGGAGCACAGCCUCUCUUUGGUGCUGCUCCAGGAGUGAUGGAGAUGGAGACUGCAGCCAAGCCAUGAUUUGUUUCUGUGUUUCUCUUUACCCCUUGCUGAUAGGCAGCAUGCCAGAGGAGCCAUCCUUUAAAACCCUGCGUCUCUUCCUCUCCUUGGAGUGGGUGUUCCAUCCCCAGGGCUUGUCUCCGGGAAGUGACUCCCGUAGCUUCCAAUUCCCAGACUCUACAGUGAGCUGAAUGUUCCCGACUACUUUGUUUAUGUUCAGGCCUGACGUGUGUUGAUCCUUGGAAGAAAGGAGAGGCUGAGCAUUCCAAGGGUCUGACCACUGGACUGGACUAAUUUGUAGCCUAGGAAGGAAGUUUGCUGUAGGCUUGUGUAGGCAGAGGUAGGGUCUGCUGCAUUCUGAAAGCACAGUCCCUGCCCUUCUUCAUGAGAGGGGAAGGGCAAUUGCCAAGUCAGUCUCAGAUUGUGACUUCUCACAGUCUCUCAGGUCAUUAGUGCCCACUGCACAAAUAGAAGGAAUAUUUAAAACUGUAACAGCCCCCAAAGUGCUGACUGGCCUCAGUGUCAGAAAUCACUGUUCCCACUGCACAGAUCACCACGUCUUUCCAGGCACUGACAGGGAGACUAGACUAAAAAGCUUAAUGCAAUGGCCUGCCUUGGCAGCUGUUAGUUAACCUGCUGGAUCUCACACUCUGUGAUGAUCUUUUUUAGUGUUUUCUGAUACAUUGAAGAAAAAGGGAAGAAAAACAAAACAAACUGAACAUUUUACAUUUUGAGUAUUCUCUCCAUUAAAGAUUCUGGUGUAUUACAAACUGCUAGAGUUUUAAAUUUUGCUGAGUUUUAUAAAUGGAGAAACAGAGUGCUCAUGUUCACACCAUGAUUCUGUAAAUGCUGGAGCUGAUAUUGCUAAUAUCUGAUGACUGUAAGUUCAAUACUGGACUGGGUACAGUGACCCAGGUUCCUUGUAGGUGUGAGUGAGUGAGCAGUGUUAAUGUCAGCCAGUUGACUUGGCCAAAGCUUGAAUUCAUUGUCAUUCUUGAACUGUUAUUUUCCAGCAGAUUGCUAAAAUAAAAGCUGGUUUACUACUGAAGUGUCAUCCAGAUUUCAGAGCUUGUGCCAAAUAAAAUACCAGUUCUGGUGUCUCAAGUAGCAGAGAAGUAUAAGAUGAUAAGAUUUUUCCAAGGAAAUACAUUUUGUCUUUUGAAGAUAAAAUGUUUAAAAAUAAAAGGAGCGUUUGUCUUCAGCAGUUAAGAAGAUAGCAACCACCUACAAUCUGUGAGAACACUUACAUAAGGCUCAUACAUUGUACAGGAGUUCUGGUUUGCCAGCGCUGGAACAGUGUUCCUAUGUACUUGUCAGGGAGAUGUGAACUGAAGCCUCCUAGCAGUGCUGGUGCAGAUUCUAUUUUGAUAAUGUAUUCUAAAAGCUAAGUAGGAUGGGGUGGUUUUUUUUUUAAUUUUUACUUUACUAUUAAACGUUUUGCUGUUUCUAUGUUAAAAAAAAAAGGCAAACCAAACCAGCUACCUGUAAUCAUUUAGGACUAUUGGAACAAUCGAGUAAUGUGAUUUUUAGUUUCUGGAAAUAAGUUGGUAUUAUGCUUUCCAACAGUUCAUAAGCAGAAAUGGAGCAGAGUGAUGGCUCACACAACUUUAACUUCAGGUGUCUUAGUUGCAAGGAGUGAAGUGGAAAGCCCUUGAGUGACAACUGAUUUUUGUCAGAUCAGCCUGGUAUAAAAGGUGCUUUCUUGGAUUAUGUUAAGUAAAAUAUAGAAACUUUAGUAGAAUGGAUUUUUAAAAAUUUUAUUUUCUUGCACAUGUUUUAACUGUUGAAUUUCAGUUAUGUUAUUAAUAUACUUUGUGUGUAGGUCUGCUUCAAUUCAGGGGUUACACAGAUAAUGGUUACCAUCUGUAAAUGCAGAUGGCAAAUCUGAAAUAAUUCUUCAGGAUUGAGGAGGCUUCAAACAAAUGAGAAAGGGGAGGCAAAUUGUAAAUGUGAGAGUAUCAUGGUCUUUACAUUCUAAAUCAGAGGUUUCUCAGUUUUGCACAUGGUUGCUGGAUAAAGUGUUUAUUUACAGGGUUUGAUUUUAAACAAGGUGAACAAAUAUUUUCUACUCAUUUUUCUGUUUGGAUUGUUGAUGUACAAACAAUUGGUUAUAUUAGAAACAUCAGAAUGAAAUGGCUUUUGAAGACUGAAAAUAGAUGGGAGACAUUCUGCCUAUCUUUAGUUGAGUUUUAUGUGAAGUAAAUGCUGCUGAUUGUAGCCUGCACCUGAUGCUAAAGCAGUUGUAUUCAUCUGGAGCUGUUAAAAUGAGUGUGCUAGAAAAUGGUAAUGGUUUAUUUUCCUACAUGCAGCAGUGUAAAAAUAUGUUUACAGAGAUGUUUAUAGAUGUUUUUUGUCCUCAUUUAUUUCUUGUUUGUUUGUUUGUUUAGAAAGAUAUUUAUAAAAGUUAUUUUUAAGUUCCUAAAUUAGUUUUUUCAAUCAAUAAGGAAAACCUUAUGCCAAAGGCAAACUAUUAAUUUCAUGGAUGCCAAGUUCAGGUGUUGUCUUCAGAAAGUUGAACAGCUGAAUGAAUUCUUUAUUAGAUUCUAAUAAAACGAGAUAAGAAUCAAAUUAAUUGUUUAUAUUUUAUUAUUGCAAGUCUUCAAUUUGCCAUCUUUAUAAUAUUUUUUAGAAGUUCUGUUCGUUGAUUCAGUAAGGAGCUGUAAGAAUCCUAGUGUAUCUAUGCCAGAUGUUCAUGAUGUAGGUCACUGAUUUUUUCCCCCUACAAAAAAACCCUGGAAAUGUUGGGUGGGGAUGUGUGUUUUCCUUUUUGGGGAAGGUUAAGAGAAUUUGUUGUUCUUAGCUCAGAAAUAUUUCUGUCGUCUGAUACAGCAGCAGUUCAUAAGUAAUAAUGAAAAGAAAUGAGAGCAAAAUGUGAUUUGAGAUAUGAGUAAAGAAUUUGAGGAAUUUAGACUUUCUGGGAAUUUUAGAGUGUCUUUUGUUCAAAGAUUAGAUAGCAACAUAGCAGUAGGGUUGUUCUAGAGUUAAAGGAUCGUUUGAGAACAUACCUGGGUUUUUAGCAGCCUAUCUAAAAGAUUUAGGAAAAGGGAAGUGCAGCAGUUUCUGGGACUUGACAGUGAAUUGGAAAGUUUAAAAUUAGGGUUAGAGUUCUGCACUGGAGAGCUUUGGAUUUAGAGGUUUCCUAAUGAUGACAUUCAUGCACUGUAUGAAACCACAGUGAAAACAGGGUCCUGAGUGUCAUGAUCAGCAGGAGAAGAAAGUGUGAAGCAGGUGGGCAGAGCAUUCGUACUAAGGUUACCCAGAGGUGGUGAAAUCACCUGCUUUGGAGAUUUUCAGAAGCUGACGAGGCAAGUUCCUGAAAGCUGGUAAUACCAUGAGACAGGGGGAUGGACUAGAUGACCUCCAGAAGGUCCCUUCCAACCUGAUCUAUUAAUGUUCAAACCACAGAUCAAGCACAUUUUGUGUGGGAGUCAAACUUGUUUUGAGUUGUGCUGCUGUGCUGCAAUCAACAUCAUUUAAUUGCAUGCUGUGUUCUCAGUUGGAUCUGGACAAUAAACCCACAUUUCUGUACAUUCCUGAAACAAAAAUUAACAGAUGGACAUGUUACCAAUUCUGCAGUGCAUUGUAGAUACGGUGAGAGUCAAGCUAGUUUCAUUCAAAGCACGAUGUUUACUUAUCUGUCAUGGGGAAUAAAAUUAGUCAAAGCUAACCUGCAUAGCAUAACAAAUGCUAAGCCUUAGUACAAGAAGGUGUUUCUAUUAAUUUCAUCUGGUUUGAAAGCAUGAAUACAGCUCACGUGGCCUAAUCUCUUUGAAAAGUGACUCCAAGGCAACUCGUAACUAGUAAAUUGUGGAUAAAACUCUGUGGAUAUGAACAGAUAAGCAGCUAAAUUUUCAGUUAAAUUCUGCUCUGAAGAGACCUGCUUGGUUAAUAAUGUACUUAAUUUGUAUGAGUGAGUGGGAGUUUGAGGAGAGUGUAAUGUCAGGAAAUCGAGUGAGAGCUGAGUAAAUUAUGCUUCUAGAAGCUAAGAACAAAGAAGAAAAAUCUUGCAUAACAGUAAGUUAAUGUGUCUUCAUUUAAUGUGAAAGCUCCAGUUGGUAACUAGGGAAAAUAAUGAAAAAUAUGCACUUAACCAUGAUAAUUGUUCUAUUUAGGUGUAUAUCAAGCAGUACUUACUCAUAUUUCUUAUUUUUCAAUUCACAUUUUCAGAACAUGAUUCUCUACCCUUUUGUAGCGUAGGCCUUUCUUUGGUGGUCAUGAUAACUUUUUGCCAUCUUGGUUUUCUAAAUAUCAUGUUAACACUUGAAAUAUUUUGGUAUUGAUCAUUGAAAUAUGUAUUACAUUUUCAAAAUUCUGAGUACACACCCCAACACAUGUGGUGUUUAUAUUCAGAGUAUUUGAAGUUUAAGGCUGAGUAUGGCAAGCAGUUGUGUUUCUUAAGAAAAAUAAUUAAAAAUUAACAAAAAAUCUCACAAUAAUAAGACAUUUCUUCAUUCAGUGGAUCUUUCUGAGUUGUUAAUAUUUCAUAUCAUUCAAGUUUCCAAGAAUCCAGGGAUAGGACUCCAUUGACGUCCAUAUUGAUUUAAUGACAUUUUAAUGACUUGAUAGUUCUGUGAGGUGUAAAAAGCCUGUACCAGUAAUUCAUACUUCUGUCUCUCCUCACUGUAGAUUAAGUACUACACUAAUGAUAGGAAGGAAGAAUAUAGUAAGUUGGGACUUUUCUUCAGUUAUUCAAUAAGUAGCUAGUAUACAGUAAAAUUAAUUUUAAAAUAUUCAUGGCCAAAAGUCUUCCUUGCAGGAGAAACUGAGGAUUAACUAGUUCUGAUAUACUCCUUUGGUGGUGUGAAGUCCUGUAUAAGUACUGACGUUGAUUUGGGAUCUGAAGGAGAGUAGUGCAGAGCUUCAAAAUAUUAAAAGCCCUUUAUAUGUUAGCACAAUGUAUUAAUUUGCAUUCUCUAACAGAAGCUAUUGGGGAAAAGGGAUGUUGUGCUGAUAGGCGGGUGGGACCCAGGGUGGGGCACAGGAGCCUCUGGACAUCCAUCGUGAGGGUUACCACUGGGUGAUGUUUCUGUCAGCGUGAGCGAAGAAACUGUCCUGCUUUCUGCUAAAUGGCCUCUGAAUCCAUUCCCCGACUGUAUUUUUGCCAACCCCGUAGUAUCUGUGGGAAAUCAGCAGAGCGCCGAGGCGUGCCCAGGAUGGAGCCCGCGGGGCCGGCGGACGGCGAGGACGAGCCCGGGCCCCCGGCGCGGCUGGCGCCCAGCCCGCACAGCGAGGCCGUGGCACACGAGCUGCGGGGGCUGUCGCUGCAGCCCAGCCCCUGCCUGCCGCCCCUCACCGAGCGCAAGAAUGUACUUCAGCUGAGGCUGCAACAGAGACGGACACGAGAACAGCUGGUGGACCAGGGCAUCAUGCCACCUUUGAAAAGUCCAGCUGCAUUCCAUGAGCAGAUAAAGAGCCUGGAGCGAGCCAGGACUGAAAAUUUCUUGAAGCACAAGAUCCGGAGCAGGCCGGACCGCUCGGAGCUGGUCAGAAUGCACAUCCUGGAAGAGACCUUUGCAGAGCCUUCACUACAGGCCACUCAGAUGAAACUGAAGAGAGCUCGGUUGGCAGAUGAUCUGAAUGAGAAGAUUGCUCAGAGACCUGGCCCUAUGGAACUGGUAGAAAAAAAUAUUCUUCCUGUAGACUCCAGCGUCAAAGAAGCCAUUAUAGCAGUUGGACAAGAGAAUUACCCUCAAGCUUUGGAUGAUUUUUCAUUUGAUGAAGACAGCAGUGAUGCUUUAUCACCAGAUCAGCCAGCCAGCCAAGAAUCCCAGGGUUCAGCAGCUUCCCCUGGUGAGCCAAAAACAAGUGACUCACCCUCACCAAUAACCCCAAAUGCUGCUACAUCAACACAGUAUCCACCUUUAACCUCUCCAGUUCCUGAAUUCCUCAAAACUCCCUCUACAGUCGAACAGCACGUGACUCGUUCCACUGCUGCAACCACCCUGACCACAACCACUGCAUCUGCAGCAAAGCCUGGGCCAACGUUAGUGAAGCAAAGCCACCCAAAGAACCCAAAUGAUAAACAUCGGAGCAAGAAAUGUAAAGAACCUAAGCCAAGAGUGAAAAAAUUGAAGUAUCACCAGUAUAUUCCACCUGAUCAGAAAGGUGAGAAAAAUGAGCCACAGAUGGACUCCAACUAUGCUCGUCUGCUACAACAGCAGCAACUGUUUUUGCAGCUGCAGAUCCUGAGCCAACAGCAACAACACUACAACUACCAGACAAUUCUACCUGCACUGCUGAAGCCACUGAAUGACAAACAGAGCAACAAUGGGAAUUCACCACUGAAUACUUUGAACAACAGUACACCAACAUCAGCUGCCAGCUCCCCAAGACAGAACAGCAAUGUUCCUAGCAGGAAACCAGGUCCUCUGCCUUCAAGCUUGGAUGACUUGAAGGUAGCAGAGCUUAAAAUGGAGUUGAAACUGAGGGGAUUACCAGUGUCUGGAACAAAAACAGAUCUUAUUGAGCGUCUGAAAACCUAUCAAGAUCUUAACAACAAUGGGGUUGCUACAAGUACCUCUGUGACAGUGACCACCUCUAGUGCGGCCACAGGUAACACUGGGGAAGUGACUGUGGCAUUUCCUGUUGCAACAGUAAAUAAACCAGUGGCUAAUACGAUAUCCAGCUUCCCUCCAGAAAAAACAUCUACUGGACCUGGCAGCAAAGCAGUAAAUACUGAAAACAUCAGCUCUCCCCUGCCUAUAUCUCCCUCUCCCUCUGAACAGUCCAGUCUAAGCACAGAUGAUACGAGUAUGGCAGACACUUUCCCAGAAAUGACCAUGAUGUCACCAUCCCAGUUCCUAAGUACUUCACCACUGAGAGCAAGUACAAACGAGGAUAAUCACAAUCGCAGCAGUGGAAGCAUCUCAACCAUGGAGUUUGAUGUAGCAGAAAAGGACCGCAAGCUUCAAGAAAAAGAAAAACAAAUUGAAGAGCUCAAAAGAAAACUGGAACAAGAGCAAAAACUUGUGGAAGUAUUGAAAAUGCAACUUGAGGUUGAAAAAAGGGGACAACAGCAACAGUCUCAGACUUUUGGUAACUCAACUGCUUUGGAACAGAAGCAGUUCAGUGCUGCUGUCAAAGAUGAAACUGCUCCUGCUGACUGCUCAAGUACCAGUCAGUCUGUACCUGUAGCCAGCCAUUCCUUAGGACAGUCAGUGUACACCGCUGGCCAGAAUCCAGUUGCCAAAAAGGCAGUUGUUAUCAAGCAAGAGAUACCUGUGGCCAAAGCUGAACCUCAGAAUGCCAUUUCUCAGUUUUACGUUAGUCCACAGAGGCAGCCACAAACUGCAGUUGUUGCCCAGCCUCAAGCUUUAUUAACUACCCAAGGAACUGCCCAGCUGCUCCUCCCACUGUCUAUCCAGGGACCGAAUGCUGCUACUGCAGUGCAGUUACCAGUUGGAAAUAUCAAGUUGCAGGCUCAAUCACAAGCUGGAAUACAGACCCCAUCACAAAUACCUGCUCCUAUUUCUUCCUCUGGCCUGGUGCAGACAGCCCCUCAGAUGCAUGCUCCACAAUCAAAACAAAAUACCAUCACGCAGCACACACUUGGUCAGACCCAACAAAUCAGAAAGGUUUUUCCACCUGCCACAUCAAAUGCAGUAUUUUCCUAUCAGACUGCACCCGUUUCAACACCUUCACAAUCUUUUAUUAAUAAAACAUCAAACUCUAACAUUCACCCUGGUGGUAAUCAGGUCCCUUCUGUGCAGAAUGGACCUGCUGCUCCCAACAAGCCUGGGUCUCCAUCUCAAGCCCAGCCUUACAUUGUUCAGCAGCCCCUCUUCAACAACACAGUGUCCAAGACAAAAGAUCCUCCUCGUUAUGAAGAGGCCAUAAAACAGACCCGCAGUAUUCAGCCAUCACACCGUGAGAUUUCCAGUGCACAUAGUCAGCAGAUGGAUGAUCUUUUUGAUAUUCUCAUCAAGAGUGGAGAGAUUUCCCUUCCAAUAAAAGAAGAACCCUCUCCCAUAUCUAAAAUGAGACCAGUAACAGCCAACAUCACUACGAUGCCAGUGAACACAGUGAUAUCCCGUCCACCUCCGCAGAUCCAAAUGGCCCCUCCUCCUGUCUCCUUAGAACCAACAACCAGCUUGUCCAUAAGUUUGGAAAACCAACUUGAAGCCCUCUUGGAUGGAACUUUACCAUCAGGUAAUGAAAUUCCUCAACUGGCAAGCAGUAAUGAGGACAGAGAGUCAUUUUCUUUAAUUGAAGACCUCCAGAAUGAUCUGCUUAAUCACACCAGCAUUUUAGAUCACUCUCAUUCACCCAUGGAAACAUCUGACCCACAGUUUACUGCUAAUAAUUCUUGUCUGUCUCUUGACCUUCCCGAUACAAAUUUGGACAAUAUGGAAUGGCUGGACAUUACAAUGCCCAGCUCCUCAUCUGGACUCACCCCUCUCAGUUCUGCUGCCCCGAGCGUGUUUUCAACUGACUUUCUAGAUCCACAAGAUCUACAGUUGCACUGGGAUUAAGCUAUAGCCAAUGAGAACAUGACCUGCAAGUCUCUUUACAGCAGAGGUCCACUAUUAUACCAUUCUGGGUGCAGUUAACAUAAACUAAGACAGUAAUGUUUGGAAGAACAAAUGCUUAAAGCUAAUUCCUUAUUGAUUUUCAAGUUUACAACAGUGAAUCACUUUAUGCACCUAUCAGUAAUGCAGAUCAGGGCCCUCUGAAAGCUGUAUUUCACAAGUCAAGAAAGGAUGAUUGUACUUUGUGAUUAAAAGUACCCCAAGGUAAAUGUAUGACAAAUAUUUAAGAAAGAAGUUACAUCUCUGGCUUUGUAAUGCUUAAAUGAGCAACACAACAUGACUAAACUUGGAGUGAGAUGUCAGUUCUCUGUAUUGACCCGGUGAGCAAAUGUCUGGGGGAGGGGAGGUAUCACUGCACUUCAUUGUUCCUGUGGAAAGCCUGAGCCAGAUUCAGAACUAAUUGUGAGGGCAAAGGCAAAUAGAAGCACUGGCUGGUUCAGUGAAAUUUCAUAUAUCUAGUCUCUUAAUUUGUUCAAUUUGUUUUUAUAUUUUGCUUUUGUGGAUUUUAAAACACUUCCCCCAUUCUUUAAUCAUGAGGGAGGAAUUUAACUGCAUCCAAAGGGAUAUUAUGUGUAACUGCAAGAAAUCCACUGUAGCGAAUGCCAGGUAAUAUUGAGAACACUGAAUUUUCUAUAGCAAUGCUCUGGAUUUAAUAGCUAGGUUUUAAUGUGUAUAUCAGACAGUUAUUUGUAUACUCUUUUAACUUUAUAUAGCUUAUUUUUGUGAACAGAGGGGAACACAGUGGUCUUCAAACAAGAGAUUAUUAUAAUGGAAGUAAAUAUCCUAUUUUGCUUUGUGUUUGAGGAUAUUUGUUAGAUCAUUCAAUCCAGUAUCUCAGCAUACUAAAAAAGUUGGAGAAAGUAGAAAAGUUUAAUUGUGUUGUAUACUACAAUCCUGCAAGCAUCUAUGCAAGAAUAGUCCCAAUGCCCUCAAUAAAAGAUGUUUGUGGGAUGAGAUCAAGUUGCAGGGGACAGUGCUGACAGGACAACCAUAAUUUCUUAAUGAACACUUUGUCUGUUGAACAGCUUUGUCUGCCACUACAUAACAUCAGGGAAACCAACAGAGAAGCUGCUCAGUGCAAAUCCUAAACACCAGGAUCAGAAUGUACUGUUUGUGAUAAGAAGGCAUAUUGCAUAUCUGAAACAGAGAAUAGCAAAAAUUAAGCUCUUACCUCACAGCACAGCACAUGAAUUUUUUUUGGUUUUUUUUAAAGCCCUUAGUUGUUGUUUUUAGAGUCUAUUUUGAAAACAGAAAAACAAAAAAUUCAAGUAGAACUAACAUACUUUGACAUUUUAUGGUUGUCUCUCAGGUAAUAGCUGUUAAAAGUUGCCAUAGAUGAUGGCAUAGAUGAUGGAGGCUAAUAAUCAAACACAAAAUUGGAAUUUCCUAUUAGGGAAUUCCUCAAUUAAGAUAAAAGGAAACACAUCCCGUUUCCUGAAAUGGGGAAAUACUGUAUGUUUUCUAGUUUGAAAAUUGAUCUCAUUGCAUGGUUCUUUCCUCACCAACAAGUUUCAAAACUAAAGUUUUGGGAUUGAAUGAAAAAAUGCCCCGAAGCUUUUGCCCACUUCUUAGAAUAAUGAUACGUAUCAAAGAAUACUGAAAACAGUAAGUAGCUGUUAUCCACUUGGCAACUUUGACCACAUUUUUCAAAAAGAAAAACACAACACAAUCAUGUUAACAUCAAACAAAUACUUUUGUCAGAAAAUGUUAUGGAAUGAACUGAAAAUUUGCAUCUUCAGAUAUAAUGCAGUCUGGUUUACUGAUACGACAGAAUUCCAUUGGCUUCAGAUAAAAUAAUGGAUUACAUCAUUGAUUCAGGGUGUGAACUGAUACCAUAUGUUUGCAUCAUAUCAAUUACAGCACUUUAAAUCAUUGUAUAUCUUCACUGGUUUUACUGGCCAAGAAUUACUGUAAUAUGAAACUAAGUAGAAGAAAACAAUCUUUGGAGAUUUUUCACUACACACAGUUGAAAGACAUAAUUCCUUAUUCCUUCUUGCUGUGCCUACAGUACUUGAGUACAAUAUUACACGUGGACUGUCUGCCUUAAGCUUUGAUGGUAUAGGACUUUUCAGUAACAGUGAACACUUAACAUUCAACUUUUUGCAUUCCUGUUCAUCAUCCUCUCUUGGGAGCUGAUACUCUGAGAUACAAAGUGCCCUCGGCUGUUACGAGAAUAAGAAUUAAGGAUUCUUGGUCUGAUAGGAACAACUCUGAAUGAAAUCUAGUGUUCUGCAGUACUGUCAGUUUAUUUUGUGUGAUACACCAGACAUCAUACAAUAUAUGUGUGGUUAGAGUUAUCCCUUUUUGACCCUGCCUCCUGCUUAAAUGAGAGGCAAGUAAAUUAAUUUUUAGAGGACAAAUUAACUUAGAGCAACUGUACUGUCAUUUUUGAUGUGCAUGUAAAUACAGCUUGAAACUGGCAAAGUCAUCCUGCUACAAAGUUACCCUUGUUGGCAGUGUAGAAUGUUAAUUAAUCCAUAGGAAUCUUUGUGCAGAAAUAAACCCAAACAGUUGAGAUGUCUUGUUAUCAGUACGGUAUAGCUUUCUGCUCUGAACGUCUAUUUGAAAAAAAAUUAAAAUUAAGGGAUCAUUUUAGUUUCUGAAGUACAAAUAUUCUAGUGUAGGGAAUGUGUGAUUACUUUUCUGUACAUUUCAGAAUUGUGUAUUAAACCUUAUAUAAAAUGGUUUGCUUUAGACUUUGUUCUGAAAUGUGAUCUGUUUGCCAUAGCUGUAUAUGCCUGUUUAUGGCAGAAAUAGGUUUUGCUUAGACUUUUGUGUGUGCAUGUUUUACAUUAAAGUUUUUGUAGCACAAAUACAUCUUAGAAAUUUAAUCAUGACUGUGCAGUUUGACUGCACAGAACUGAAUCUUUCUCAUUAAGAGAACAGUUGCAAAGGAAUGCACUGGCACUAAAUUUGCCAUUUAAUGGCUGCAGUAUACUAACAGAAUGCAUCCUAUCAAAUGUGGUGUUAGUGGGUCCUUCAAAGUAAUUAAGAAUACCUUUUAAUCAGUAUAAAAAUCCAAAGUUGCUUGUUUACACAUCUAGGCAGAGAGAGCUCAGACAAUGUUUUACUAGGGUCGUGUUACUCAAGAGGAGUCACAUCCUGCGUUCAGUAGAGAAAUGGAAUUUGCUGCGCACUUUCAGUGCCCUUCAGCAUCGGUUACAGCAAGGAAGUUUACAGGCAAGAUUUUGUUUAACAUUAGAAAUAGAUUAAAAAGCAUUGUCGUACUUUUUCUGACAAUAAAAUUAAUAUAUGGCAGUUGUUCUCUAAAGAAAUUGAAAGUGUAAUCCAGCAAUGUGGGCUUGCAGACCUGCAGAAUCAGAACUUUAAAAAGCUGAGGCCACAGCUUUUAAAAAUGAUCACUACUUAAUACUGACAUUUAUUUCCCAGGUAUUUCUAAAUUCACUAACAAGAGUCAUGUUCAGAGAAGAUGGUGAUCCAAACAGAAGUGUCAAUAUUAAACUUUUCUGUUACAUAAUCUCAGACAUUCAGGUGCCUCAAAAGUGUAGGCCCUGUAAUCAGAACAUGAGCACAAGCUGCUGAACUAUUUUCAAGGCAGAGAAACUGCAAUUACAGAAUACAUUGAACUGGAAGGGCAUUAUGUUAUCAAAACACAGGAAAGUUCACCGAUGUAAACAAUUUUUACUUGGCUGGCAUCUUAAGUGUAUUAUAAACUUAAAGCAAACUCUAUUAAAACUGGAAAAAAAUCUUCCACUUAUCUCUAGUAAAUGUUCUGUUGAAACUCUUCAUACUGUGGUCUGUGAAAUCACCUUUCAGUGAAUUCUAGACCAUACCCCAGAAGGUAUUUCAUGUGAGAUCCGUGGAAUUGAGUUACAUAUAGUAUAUACUUGGCCAAUAAAGAGCAUCCAUUAAAACCUGAAAUAAUCUCAAAUAUUCCUUUUGUACCAGUUUGCUAGGAAUAAAGUGCAAAAAAGAGACACCUACAUCAUUCUGUAGUGUCCAAUACUGAACAGAAAGUGUUUUUAAGUUAAAAGUGCAUAAAUGUAUUUGUAGAAAUCUAGCCAAAAAAGCCAUUCUAGCUAUGAGAGCAGAUUCUCAAAAAAAAGCAGGGAAUGGUUAAUAACUAUAUAAUCACACUAUUUUUAUAAAAUUAUACAGCUCAGAUAUUCAAAAGACAGCCUAAAAUAAAUUAUAAUAAUAUAAAAAUUUAAAUAGGAACCAAAGCGUUGCCAUUUAUAUUGCCAAAGGAGGCACUUUGUAUUUUAAAACAUAGGAAAUUAAGUCCCCAAAAGCGUUAUCCGUACUUUUUUAAAAUUAAGGAUGUAGAUAUUUUCAAAGCUGUUUUUGAUGUUUAACAGUACAGAUUUGUUUUUGUUGUUUGAGAAAUUUGUAGUAACUAAUAGCACAGGCUUUUUUUCCAGAUAGGAUUUUCUUCACAGUACUGCUUGCAGUAGGAAUAACGCUAACCCAAGUAGGUGUUUCUCUUCUUAUUUUCAUAGUCGUAAUUAUGUCUUAGCAUCUCAUUUUGUGAAAAGAAGAAGAUAAACACCUGUCUCUGGGGCCCUCUUCAUUUAAGCACUACUUUACUAAAUGCAAAUUAUGGCAAUCAGGGCGUCAGUUUAUGUAUUGCCUUUCUAGAACCAUGAUGCCUUUGUAUUUGCUGUUUGCACCCCUAAAAUCAAUUCCAUAUGUUUGAAUGCCAUAUGUUUUGCACAUUGUACUGUAUAUAUGUAAUGCAUACUGUAUUUUUAUAUGUGUACUACAUUUAUCAAAUAUUUUGUACAUAGUGGCAAUAUUGUAGCUACUGAGGAAAUGUUUGAUAUUUCAGCAUUUUUGCUAAGUGUCUCAAAUAAAAAAGGAAAACUGUG